CGCCGCCGCCUCGGUAGCGCUGUCCGAGGCCCGCAGCCGAGUGCAGGCCCUGGCUGAACCCGGGGAAAGCAUCCUGCAGCGCGGUGGGACCUGACAGUCAUUUUCUUCCCACGGAGAAUUUUUAAACGAGCAGGCUUUUAUCUUUUUAAGCAGAUGGACAGACUUGCACUUGACAUUCAGUGGAAGCAGAAAGAAAAGUUAAGGAGAAGGACCUCCAUCCUUUUUUGGCCAGUUGAGUUUUGAAAGUAGAAAAUCUUGGAGAAAUUAACUUGAUUUUGCAAUCCACAAGAGGGAAAGAAAGAUCUUGUUACUAGAGGAAAAAAAUGGCCACUGGUCGUUCACCGUGUUUCUACAUAGAAGAACUUAAUAAAUACCAACAAAAGAAUGGUGUAGAAGUUAAGUAUUGUGAACUGGCUAAGACAGGACCUCCACAUAAUUAUAGGUUUACAUAUCAAGUUAUAAUAGAUGGUAAAGAAUUUCCAAAGGCUGAAGGUAGAUCAAAGAAGGAAGCCAAAAACGCUGCAGCGAAAUUAGCUUUUGAGAUGAUUAAUAAGUCGGUUACUAUUUCAUCUCAGCUAACAACAAAUACUCCAGAAGGACCACCCAUUGAAAAUUACAUAGGCCGUCUUAAUACGAUCUCCCAGAAGAAAAACCUAUGUGUAACUUAUGAAGAAUGUAAAUCAAAGGGUGAUGGGCACGAAGGGUUUCGUUAUAAAUGCAAAAUCGGACAAAAAGAAUAUGGUAUUGGUGUAGGUUUCACUAAACAGGAGGCAAAACAGUUGGCUGCCAAACUGGCUUAUGAAAAGAUAGAAUCAGAAACAAUGAGAGCUGACCGAUCCUCUGAUUGUUUCAAUGCUGUGUCUGGUGAAGUCGAAAGAAACUCUCAAGCAAUGAGUACAUCUAGCUCUGAAUCACCAUCUGAAAACGGCUUCUCAACAAGUGCCUCAGAAAGAAGCGAUAACAGUGACACAAACAGCUCUUUCCUGACUCCAGGGGACAGUUUCAGAAAUAAUGCCAGGAAGGUGAAGAGAAGUUUGGCACCUAAUUUUGACUCUCCUGUGAGGACAGAAGAAAACAGUUACAGUGCGGACCCCAGGUUGGUCAAGGAUUUCACAGAAGUAACACCAAUUGGCUCAGGUGGAUUUGGUCAAGUUUUCAAAGCCAAGCACAGAAUUGAUAAGAAGACUUACGUUAUUAAAUGUGUUAAAUAUAAUAGUGCGAAGGUAGAGCGUGAAGUGAAAGCUUUGGCAACACUUAAUCAUCCAAACAUUGUUCACUACUACAGUUGUUGGGAUGGGCUUGAUUAUGAUCCUGAGAAAAGCAUCAAUUUUUCAAGACCAAAGACUAGGUGCCUUUUCAUCCAAAUGGAAUAUUGUGAUAAAGGUACGUUGGAGCAAUGGAUUAACAAAAGAAGAGGCAAGGAACCAGACAAAGAUUUGGCUUUGGAGUUCUUUCAACAAAUAGUAACAGGAGUGCAUUAUAUACAUUCAAAAGACUUAAUUCAUAGAGACCUUAAGCCAGGUAACAUAUUUUUAGUAACUAUGAACCAAAUCAAGAUUGGAGACUUUGGACUUGUUACGUACCUGAAAAAUGAUGAAAUGCGGACAAGUAAAAAGGGAACUAGGCGAUACAUGAGCCCAGAACAGCUUUCUUCUGUGAAAGACUAUGGAAAUGAAGUGGACAUCUAUGCUUUGGGGCUGAUUCUUGCAGAACUUAUUCAUAUAUGUCCCACUUCUUUAGAAACAUCGAAGUUAUUUGAAGAUCUGAGGAGUGGCAACUUAGAUGUAUUUGACGGCAAAGAAAAAGAUCUUCUAAAGAAAUUACUCUCAGAGGACCCCAAGAAACGACCUACCACAUCUGAGAUACUGAAGACUUUGAAGGAGUGGAAUAGUGUUACAGAAAGAAGGAAACGAAAUACAUAUUAGAUACUUAAAAAGUAUCCUGCUUCUGAUAAUUCCAUUUUCCUAUAAUUGUCUAAAAUCUGCUUGGGAAUAUUGAUGGUAUUUAUCUUCUAUUUUCAUUUUUUCUCAAUUUUUUUUUUUGCCACAUUUGCAGAAAGGCUUACAUCUUUUCUUACUUCAGAAACAUUCUUACAUUUGACUUUCCCAUGGAUCAUCUUCUUAUUACGAAAAUACCAAAAGAAUCCCUCAAAUUUUCUUUUUAAUACCAACCAGUGAAUCAGUUAAUUAAUGAGUAUUUAUUAAAUGCCUAAUGUUUCUAGGCAAAAAUAAUAUCAGAUCUAUCUCUGUCUUAAAUAGCUAACAAUCUAGUUGGAGAAUCUGGUGACCAUGAAAAGAUAAGUAAAAAAAAUAAGUAUAAUCACUUCUGAAAGCAAUUUGGUAUCAUCUAGCAAACGUAAAUGUAUACAUCCUAUCCUGAAAAGCUAUCAAUUCCAUUGCUGCAUACACACCCACAAGAAUGUUCAUAGAAACCCUGCUCAUAAUAGCCAAGAGAAUAGGAAACAAUGCUAAUGUGCGCCAAAAGAAGAAAGGAUACACAAGUUGUAUUAUAUUCAUACACUAGAAUACUGUAUGUAUAGCAUGAAAAUGAAGGGAUUUCAGCUGAACACACUGACGUGCCAAAUCUCUCAGGAACAUAUGUUAAGGAAACAAAGCAGAUUGCGGGAACCAUACACAGAAUGAUUCCAUUAAUAUAAAAUUCAAAGAACAUGCUCAGCGGAAUAAGUGUGAAAUGAGUGUGUUUAGGUAUCCAAACGAAUGUGGUAAACAAUACAGGGAAGGAAAGGAGUGAGAACGAUUAUUAGAUUCUGAUAGUGAUUUUCUCUGAGGAGGGACAGGAGAGAUUUCAGAGUUAACAGUUAAUUUUGUUUUUUUAACCCUGCAUGUUGAGUCCACUAGUGUUUACUGCAUAAAUAUUUUACUUCUCUUAAAUACAUUUUGUACACGUUAUAACAGACACUUUAAAGAGAUGGUAGUUGUGCUGUAAGACAGUAGCUGAGCACAGAAAACAGUCAGUCUGGAGGGGUGAGAUCACAUUCCGAGGAACCAUGCCACAGGCUUAGAAGUGACAUUCCAGGGAGACCUCCAAGUCUGUGAAGGACUGAGAUGAAUAGAGAGCAGACCAUGUGAGAAGUCUGGACAAAGGGCCUGGUAUGCAUCCUGGGAAAGAUAGAUUUGAGAGAUUGGGUAUGCUAGUUUGGUUCUGUGAAUUGCUGUUGGGAAUGUGCUUAGCUACUCCGUUGUGUCCAUCUCUUUGUGACCCCAUGGACUGUAGCCCGCCAGGCUCCUCUGUCUGUGGAAUCUUCUAGGCCAGAAUACUGGAGUGGGUUGCCAUUUCCUCUCUCCAGGGGAUCAUCCUGACCCCGGGAUCGCACCCACGUCUCUUGCAUCUCCUGCCUUGGCAGGCAGAUUAUUUACCGCAUAGCCACCUGGGCCAGAAUAUAAUUGAGGCUGCAUCUUGGAAGAACUUGAGGGUUACUUUAAGCUUUGUAGUAACCAACUGCCUUCCCAGGUGGUGCAGUGUAAAGAAUCCGCCUACCAAGGCAGGAGAAGCAGGGGAGGUGGGUACGAUCCCUGGGUGGGGAAGAUCCCCUGGAGUGAGGAAAUGGCAAUCCACUCCAGUAUUCUUGCCUGGAGAACCCCAUGGACGGAGGAGCCUGGCGGGCUCCAGUCCACGGGGUCUCAAAGAGUCGGGAGUGACUGAGCACACAGCAGAGCACACAGCAGCAACCAACCAUCAUUCUAAAAUCAUCGAGUAAUUUUAUAAUUUUUAAAAUGAGCCAAGUUUAAGCUCGGCAGAAAAAAAUAGUAAUAGAAAAUACUUUUGUCAAGAUUUAUAGCAAUUUCUAAAAAGUGUAAUUGAAAGCAAUUAAUAUGGUCUUCAGCUCCCAGUGCAGUAUUUGAUUAAGGCAAGGUUCAUCAAUGGAUGCUAAAACUAUUGGUUGAAAAGGUAUUGGGAAACAGGAGCCAUAAAGGAUGUAAAUAUAGUUCCACAGAUGAUAUUACAAAGGGGAAAAUGUAUCUUUAAAAUGAAAAGAUCUUGUCACCACAAUAACCAAGUAAUUAAAGGUUCAGCAUCACCAAAAGUGGAAACACCUAACACCACACCCAUCCUGAUGUGAUGUAAGAAUUAUACACUGUCACCUGUUUAGUUUUCUUGCCCACAGUGUUUAACUGGAAAUUAAUCAUGAGGAAAUGAUGAGCCAAAUCCUGAAUGAAGUCACUGAUAAGGUAAUUAACUUGGGUUUCUCAAAAAAUCAGGACGAUGGAAAAAAACAAGAAAGUAGAGGAACUCUUCUAAAUACAGAGAGACUAGAGAUACCAUGACCAAAUGCAAUGCUUAAAUCUUGAUUGUAUCCUGGUAUAUAUAUAAAAAAAACAAACAAACAGGAAAUAGCUAUAAAAGACGUUUUUGAGAUAAUUGAGAACAUGUGAAUACAGACUGCAUAUUAAAUGAAUUUAUAGAAUAAUUGUUAAUUUUCUUAGUUGUGAUAAUGAUAUUGAUAAUGAUAAUGAUAUCGUCAUACCGGAAGAUGUCUUACUUAUUCUUAGGCAGUGCAUACAGAAAGUUUAGGGGUGAAGUGGCUUGACAUUUGCAGCUUACUAUUGUUCAGCAAAAAUCAAGGUGAACAUUAAUAUGUGUAUGUAUGUGUACACUUAGUCAUUCAGUAGUGUCCGAGUCUUUGUGACCCUUUGGGCUGUAGCCCGCCAGGCUCCUCAGUCCAUGGGAUUCUCCAGGCAAGAAUACUGGAGUGGGUUGCCAUUUCCUCCUCCAGGGAAUCUUCUCUAUCCAAGGGACCAAACCUGCGUCUCCUGUGUCUCCUGCAUUGCAGGCAGAUUCUUUACCUGCUGAGCCAUUGGAGAAACACCUAUGUGUGUGUGUGUGUGUGUGUGUGUAUAGAGAGAGAGACAGAGAGAGAGAGAGAGGGAAGUGUGGCAAAGUGUUAACACAAUGAUAAAUCUAGGUGGAGGAUAUACAGUAUUUCUUGUGCUAUUCCUAGAGCUUUUCUGCAGCUUUGAAAUUUUUCUAGGGGGAGAGAAAUCCUUUUUAAAAAAAUUAGUAUUAUCUGGAUUUGAUGAAUAAAGACAAACUCAAAAGAAAAGCCAGUGAACGUGGCAGAUUAGUGUGAACUUGGCUUUAUUUUUACCUUCUCUCGUUUUUUAAAUUCAGGUAUAAUUGAUUUGCAAUUUUAUAUUAGUUUCAAGUGUACAGCAUAGUGAUUCGGUUCUUUUAUAUAUCCUUCUCUCACUCAAAUAUUUCUCGACUAUUGUGAAGUAAAUAGAGUCCCUUAAAGGUUUAUUUUAGUAUGUAUUUUCUCAGCCUCAAACUAUCUAGUAAAUAAAAUGUAACUAGUAAAUAAAAAGUAUCCUUUUAGUCAGAGGAGAAGAGGGGCAAAGACCAGGGACCUUAUUUGCUAAUUAAAACACAUAUGUGCAGAUAUUUUCAAGAGCCAUUUUAACCUAAUUGCCUCACUAGAAACAGAACUUCUAGGAAAUUUUUAUUACAAAGAACACAUAUUUCCUAUUAAAUUCGCACAUAUUUAACAUAAAUAUAUAUAUAUGUAUCAUACUCAGCACAUGUUAUUUUUGUUAGUGGUAUUUAGUAUAAAUACACACAUAUACACAUAUGUGUGAGUGUAUGUGUGUCUGUGUGUAUGGCCAGCUAUAUAAUAUGGGGGAUCCAAAGCAAAAUGAAAAUGUGAGGCCCUUAUUCAAAAAUUAACAUGGGGGCCUUAUGCAGCCACACAAACUGCAUGUCAGUGAAAUCAGACUUGUAUGUAUAUACACGUGUAUACACAUGUAUACAUAUUGCACAUGUAUGUCUGAAAUGGUUAGAAAUCUACAAACAGGCUUUUCCAAGACUGUUAUCCAGUGUACCAACUUGAGAGAAAAAUGCACAACAUCUAUUUCACACUUGAGUGUUCAGCAUAGAUUGAGGUUUUGGCAUGUUACUUUUUUGUUAUGAAUAUGGAAUAAUUUAAAUAUUAUCCAUAUUUAUUUUUAUAAGUUUUUAUGUUAAAACAUAAAAGCAGAGACUAGAAUAAAGAAACCCUAUGUACCCAGCUUCAACAACUAUCAGUAUUCUGCUUUUCUUGUUCUAUUUAUCCCUUUCUUUUGCUGGAGAAUUUUAAAGUAAAUCUCAGGUAUUGUAUCAUUUUGCUUGUAAACACUUAAAGAUGUAUUUUAAAAACUUUUUUCUUCAUUUUUUUGGCUGCGCUGGGUCUUCUUUGCUGCCUGCAGGCUUUCUUUCUUUUUUUUUUUUUUUUUGCCUGCAGGCUUUCUCUGGUUGUGGUGAGCGCAGGGCUAAUCUGUGGUUGUGGGAUGUGGGCUUCUCACUGCUGUGGCUUCUCUUUUUGUGGAACUUGGGCUCUAGAGCACGUGGGCUUCAGUAGUUGUGCGUGGGCUGAGUUGACCCACAGCAUGUGAAUCUUGGACCAGAGAUUGAGUCUGUUUCCCCCCUGUAUUGGCAGGCAGAUUCUUAACCACUGCACUACCAGGGAAGUCCUAAAGAUGUAUUUCCAACAUAAAAGAUGUUUUAAAUUUUAACCAAACCUCAAUAUCACUGUUGCUGAACAAAAUUAGUAAGAUUUCUUUCAUAAUCAGACUGUAUGGAGUUUUCCUAUCUAGAAAUAUUUUCCGGCAGGUUUUUAAAAUCAGGAUCCAACACUGCAUUUAGUUGGUAAAUAAAUUUUUACCAACUUUAUAACAUUACCCUGCUUUUUGUUUCUUUCCUCUUGCCUUUUAUUUGAGGAAGGAACUAGGUCAUACAUCCUAUAGAACUUCAUUCAUUUAGGAUUUGGCUGAUGGUAUCCCCAUGGUGUUUAGUUAGAUCUAGAAGAUUGAUUUGAUUAUGGUCUGAAAAUUUUUUCCAAGAAUACUCCCUAGAUGAUGCUGUAGUAUGCAUGUGUGUGUGUGUGUGUGUGUGUGUGUGUGUGUAUAGAGAAAGGAGUCAUCCUUAUUUCUAUGUGAAAAUCAACAUACAACGUAUUUCUUAUACAUUGCAUUAGGGUAUGAUGCUGUAUAUUUUGCAUCACUCCAGGAGGAGCAUGAUGUCUGACUGUUCCACUUUUGGUGAUUUUAAGUUUGAUCGGUGGUUUGUGGUGGUGUCUGGGUUGGGAAGAUCCCCCUGGAGAAGGGAAAGGCUACCCACUGCAGUAUUCUGGCCUGGAGAACUCCGUGGACUGUAUAGUCCAUGGAGUUGCAAAGAGUUGGACACGACUAAGCGACUUUCACUUGUGGUGCUGCCAUCCACUACCAUCAAUUCUCCUUAUCGGUCUUUCAUCUAACAGUGUUAGCAGCCAUUGAUGACUACUGUCUGGAUCCAUUAUUUCAUUAGGGGUUGCAAAACUGAUUUUCAGAUUCUAUCAAACCUCUUGCAUUUAUUAUCUGUGAUUCCUCUUGAAAGAAGAAUUUUCUCUAAAGCUGAAUGGGUUGUUGUUGUUUAAUCGCUAAGUCAGGUCUGAUUCUUUUGCGAUCCCAUGGAUUGUAUCCCGCCAGGCUCCUCUGUCUGUGGGAUUUUCCAGGAAGGAAUACUGGAGUGGGUUGCCAUUUCCUUCUCCAGGGGCUCUUCCCAGCACUGGGAUUGAACCCAUGUCUCCUGCAUUGGCAGACAGAUUCUUUACCACUGAGCCACCAGGGAAGCCCAAAAACUGAAUGGAAAAGAUGGGAUUAAUAUUUAUUAAUUUUUAGAAUGAGAUGGCACCCCAGCAACCUCCAAAGGUGACAAAGAGGUUUUUUGGCUUUUUAUUUUUUUUUUUAGGCAGGGGUCUGAUCCAACCUAUAUUUUGAAACUGUGUUUAGACUAGGUUGGAGCAGGCAAAGACUAUUGAAAGUUCAGAAGUCCGAGAGGCUAAGCGGACCCAAGCAAUUGGAGGGGACAGAACCAACAGGUGCUGGCAUCUAAUCUGAUGUGAGGAUUUAGGGAUGUGAGGGUUUGGGGAUGUGAGGAUUUAGGUAAUCAGCGAUUACCUCCAGGUUGCUCUGAUGGUGAGCACCAGAAGUAUGAUGCUGUUAAAGAAGGUCCAAGUCUCAAUCAAAUUAACCCCUUCAAUGAGCCACACACAACUGAGAGAUAUUUUGUCUCACACUGUUCUCUAUUACACAGUUUUUAGUUAGAAUUUAAGCAAUAGUGGAGCAAUGGUUCAUGUGUCACCAUGGUGAGGUGCGGCACAUUGAGGAGGUAAAACGCCGGAUCUCGUUUGGAGAUGUCGAGUUUGAGGUGCUGCUGUAAUAUUCACUAGUGAAUGUAGAGCAGAUCUGGGAAAUGCAGGGGAGGAACCUGAAGGAUGAGCUGGAAUCAUACACAAGAGAGAUGUGGGUCUUAUCUGGAAGUAAGCCCUGGUGCUUAACUUUGAAUCCAAGAGCUUGCCGAGGGAGCAUACAUAGAGGAAAGGGCUCAGAAACAAAAGUAUGCUGGACAUCUCCAUGUAGAUAUUUACCCUUUAUAUCUAAAUGUCAGUCCACUCCCUAACGUCUGUGAUUUUACGUCUGUGACAGAUACAGGGACAAUGGUUGUCAGGUAUACAGAGGCCCCACUCUUGGCUUAUACUAAAUGCAGGAGAACCCAGGUCUCCCUCAUUACAGGUGGAUUCUUUACCAUCUGAGCCACCAGGGAAGCCCAUUACCGGCUUAUAGUAGGACUAAAAUCCAUGUAAUGGGUAAAACUCUUGAGGCAAAUCAGAUAUCUCUCAAAUAUGUGUGGCUCUUCAGGGGUCAAUAUGAUUGAGACCUGUAUUAGUUCCCUAGACCUGCUGUAACCAAAUGACCACAAAACUGGAGGCUGAAAACAACACAUAUUUAUUUCACUGGGCUCAAGUCAAAGUGUUGGCAGGGCUGUGUUCCUCUGGGGGCCCCCGUUUUGCAUCCCAUGUUCAGCGUUACCUGAUCAAGUCCCAGCCACACAGGUCUGCUCAGGGUCACCUAAACAGGCUUUUGUGCUCAAUGGCUUCCAGCUAUGGUUUCUACCUAAAAUUCCCUUCAAUCUUUUUCUUUUGUAAAAUAACAGCUUUAUUCAGACAUAAUUUUGCAUACUGUAAAAUUCAUCCCAUUUAAAGUAUUCAGUUCAGUGGUGUUUAGUAUAUUCAAAGUUGUGCAGCAUCACCACAAUCAAUUUUGAAACACUUUCAUCUCCCCAGAAAGAAACCCUGUACUUGUUAGCAGGCUUUCCUCAUCUUCCCCUAACUCUCUGCAUCCAUUCAUCCACUUUCAAUCUCCAUAGACUUGCCUGCUUGGGACAUUUCAUUUAAGUGGAAUCAUACAAAACAAUCAUACAACAUGUGAUCAUUUUCACUUACUAUGUUUUCAAGUGUCAUCUUUGAUACAGUGUGGGUGGAAAUUCCUUUCCCUUCUAUUGCCAAAUAAUAUUCAACUACAUGGAUACAUUACAUUUAAUUCACCUAUUCAUCAGUUGAUGGACAUUUGGGUUUCUGUUUUCUGGCUAUUAUGAGUAAUACUGCUAUGAAUAUUCAUGUGCAAAUUUUAUGUGAACAUGUUUCCAUUUCUCCUGGGUAUAUACCUAGGAGUAGAAACACUGGGUCUUACGGUAACUCCUUCCUAGUGACUUUGUAUAUGAAAAUGAUGUUCAGAGCCCAAAUUCAGUGUUGCUACCAUAGUGUUCUACCAUCUCCCAUACAGAAUGAAACUUCUCCCUAGUACUCCUAGUACUUCAUACUUUUUUAUUUUUGCUUCAUACUUUAACAUGGUACUUAUCAGUUUGCCUUGGCACUCAGUUAUUCCUGUGUGGGUGUCCCCCUCCUUGUACAUUACUGGAAAGCAGGGACAGUUGAUUUACCUUAAGGAAGCAAGUGUAUUACCCUGCUUAAAACAGGAACUCUCUAAGUGCUUUUGAAUUAGUAGGGAAUAAAAGUGCUAAGAAUUUUAUAUGUCUGAUCCUACAAAAUGUGUCUGAUACGAAAUAAUGUUCAUUGUAAAAUUUCAACAAUUUAAUGUUGGUAAAUAACACUUGAAGGUGGGUAGGUAAACCAAUUUGGUAUAUUAAAAUCACUUUAUUUUGAAUUUUAGAAGCUCCAGUAUUUUGAGUUUAUAAUGAGGAAAAUCAAACAUUUUAGAAAUUCUAGAUAGGACUUUGAAAAUAAACAUAGUAUUAACAUAAUAUGGUUAAAAGUAAAUGACAACCUGACCUGUUAAAACUUAUGUUUCAAGUGUCACAUAUGUUCUAAAGCAAAUAUAAGAAUUCUUUUCAGUAUUUUACACCCCUUGGUUUUCAUUGUCGUCUGGUUAUGAAGUUGUAAAAGGCAUUUAUGAAUAAAAGUAAGUUUUUACUCAUA